AUGGCCAAAAGUGAUGAUGAUGAGUUGAGUAGCAUUAAUUUGGCAGAGGCUGGAAAAGAAGCUAGUCGUGAAUUGGGUGUUGAAAUUACAGAGCUAGCUGAUAAUGAGUUGAGCAGAAUUAAUUCGGCAGUGGUUGGAGAAGAAGCUGGUCGUGAAUUGGGUGAUGAGUGGAUAAUAUCCAUUGAUGAAGAGAGACCCAAUGCAUCUUCAUACAAGCCACUACAGAAGGUUCCACGAGAAUUACGGGAGGAGGAGGAGGAGAAUAAGGGAUUUUUUAAUCCUAAAGUGGUUUCAAUCGGUCCUUAUCACCGUGGCAAGCCUGAGUUCAAAGAAGCUGAGAAGUUGAAGAACAUAGCGGCACGUGCAUUCAUAGCUGGCUGCCGCAAUGGAUUAAAACUCCGUGUAAUCUAUAACGAGAUGCUAGAAGUGGUGAACGAUUUGAGGAACUGCUACAUUGAGGGCUCAACAGUUGCCUAUGACGAUGUAGCAUUCGCCCGUAUGAUGCUCCUUGAUGGCUGUUUUAUGCUGCGCUUCAUAUCUUCCAUCAAUAGUCAAGAAAUAUUCUUUUUGGAUGAGCUGAUUAAGCAUGUAGGUGUUGCUGGUUUCCGUGGGAUAAUUGCGGACACCAGUUUGCUGGAAAACCAACUUCCUUUCCUAGUUCUCCAGACCUUGAUUAACAGUACUCAGGAAGAAGGCAAAUGGGAGAAAUUGAUGGAGGAAUUCAUUGCCAGAAUGUACAUAGAUGACAAUGCAAAGUGGAUGGAAAAAAAGUAUAAGCAUGAGAAAGAACAACCCCUUCAUUUCCUACACCUUAUAAGGAGAAGAUUUAUCGGCCAAUACUCUCCGGCAGAUGAAGAAGUUUACAGCAGAAGCGUCAAAAUAUACCAAGACGAUGGUCCUGGUAGAUUAGAUGACCAACCCCGUCCACGUCGUUCCUUCAAAACGGUAAUUCCCUGCUGGCCCAAAAGAAGGCAUAGGAAGAGCAACCCACACAAGGAUAUUUAUACCCACUCAUUUCGUUCAGCCACACAACUUAAAGCAAAGCAAGGGGCAUACAUUUCAGGCCAAACACCACAUUUUCAUUGA